AUGGCGCGCGUCUACGCCGAUGUCAACCAGAGCAUGCCCCGCAGUUACUGGGACUACGACAGUGUUAAUAUCAGCUGGGGUCUCCUGGAAAACUACGAGGUUGUUCGAAAGAUCGGCCGCGGAAAGUACUCCGAAGUCUUUGAGGGUAUCAAUGUUGUCAACUACCAGAAGUGCGUUGUCAAGGUCUUGAAGCCUGUCAAGAAGAAGAAGAUUAAGCGAGAGAUCAAGAUCUUGCAGAAUCUGGCUGGUGGACCCAACGUCGUUGCCUUGCUUGACGUUGUUCGUGACUCUCAGGUUGGUCCUUUGUCUGCUCCCCUAGCUUUCCGGGCUCCAACUAAUCGCAGCCGUAAUCAGAGCAAGACACCGUCUCUCAUCUUUGAGCAUGUCAACAACACCGAUUUCCGAAGCUUGUACCCCAAGUUCAACGAUAUUGAUGUCCGAUUCUACAUCUUCGAGCUCCUGAAGGCCCUCGAUUUCUGCCACAGCAAGGGAAUCAUGCACCGUGAUGUCAAGCCUCAUAACGUUAUGAUCGAUCAUGAGAACCGAAAACUUCGUCUCAUUGAUUGGGGUCUGGCCGAAUUCUAUCACCCUGGCACUGAGUACAACGUUCGCGUUGCAUCGCGGUACUUCAAGGGUCCCGAACUUUUGGUCGAUUUCCAGGAGUACGAUUAUAGUCUCGAUAUGUGGAGUCUCGGAGCCAUGUUUGCCUCCAUGAUCUUCCGCAAGGAACCCUUCUUCCACGGCAACAGCAACUCGGAUCAGCUCGUCAAGAUCGCUAAGGUUCUCGGUACCGACGACCUUUUCGAUUACAUCGAUAAGUACGAGAUCGAACUAGAUGCGCAGUACGACGAUAUUCUUGGUAGAUUCCAGAAGAAGCCCUGGCACAGCUUUGUCACGUCUGAGAACCAGCGAUUCGUCUCCAAUGAAGCCAUUGAUUUCCUUGAUAAGCUAUUGCGAUACGACCACCAGGAACGUCUGACCGCCAAGGAAGCCCAGGGGCACCCCUAUUUUAACCCUGUCCGCGACCCCGAGGUCUUCAAGCAACAUCUCGCAGCUGCUAACGGCGCUGCCAACAAGUCUUGA